GUCAUUAAUUUUCUUUCACAACACUGUGUUUUGGUGUCCUUUCUUCUGCUUGUUCUGCAUCCUGAACUGCUGAAAAUAGCAACCACAGAGGAAAAGAGGAACGUCCAGAGUUGCACGCAGUCAACUGGGAAAUCUCUCUGCCUUGUGACUUGUGAACAAGACUGUUUCGAUAUGUCUGACUACCUUGCUCCAACCCUUGCUGUGAUUUUGCCAAAUCUUGGUGGAAUUGCAGGAAGUUUCAUCACAAGAAAAAAUAUCCCGAACUGGUAUGAGGGUUUGAACAAGCCGUCGUGGCGGCCAGGAAACAAGGUGUUUGGCCCAGUGUGGACUACUUUGUACUGCAGCAUGGGCUACGCCUCCUACAUGGUGUGGCGUGAUGGCGGCGGUUUUGACGGCGAUGCUGCCUUGCCUCUGGCCUGGUACGGAGCUCAGCUCGCUUUGAACUGGGCUUGGACGCCAAUUUUCUUUGGACUUCACAGCCCCAAAUGGGGAUUUGUUGAGAUCAUUUGCCUGUGGGGUGCUAUCGCAGGCACCAUUUAUUCCUUCCAUGGCAUCAAUGAGAAAGCCUCUUACUUGUUGCUUCCUUACCUUGGCUGGGUCAGCCUGGCCUCCGCUCUGACCUUCAGGAUCUGGAGAGACAACCCUGAUGCUGACAAGAAAGAGUGAAUUUCCCAGGAGAUGAUUUUAGCAUAAACAGAUUUGAAGCCGGAGGUCGCUCGACAGAUACAGCUCAAGUCAUACAACCGAAGUUAUACGAACUUCUUGUUGAGAAUUUAUUAAAAUUAGAGUUCUAGAGUUGACUCUGCUAGUUGUCCGUUCCAAAAUGUGUCUUACUUUAGUUCGGAAAGCUCUCAUUUAAUGACACAAGGAAUUUUGUCCUUUAUCAGGCUAAUAAUUAUAUAUACUGAAUACGUAGCUAGCUUCCUAUCAAGUAGAGCAAGAUUUAGGUUUGUUGUGAGAAAAGUCUUACAGUAACAGCGAGUGGCUGUUUUUCCAGAAACAUCCCAACCUGUUGAUGACACUAUGCCCUUUGUUAACCCAUGUGCUUUAAAAAUACGAAUAAAAGUAUUCUCCCAGCCUCCACAGACAAGAUCAAACAUGUAUAAUUUUUAUGCCUCCCGCUUUGCUAAUAAUUUUCAUGUUCACAGACCCUUUACCUUUAUUUUCAUAUCAAGUGUCUUUGUACUAAAAUCUGAUGCUUUUGAAAAAAAUGUUCUGUCUGUAUGAGGGAGUAACUGUAGCACGGUUUGAAAAUUUUCUGAGGUUUAAUAGCCAAGCUAUGUUCUGCUGUUGAUCUGGAAAAUAUAUAACCUCAGUGUUAAUAGGAUAGGUUGUGGAUGAGAUGUUGAGUUUGAGAUCAAUUUGAGAGCAUGAACAAUUCCAAAAGUAAUUGAUGGGUCCACAGAAAAGAUAUUGUGUGUGCUGAAAAGGAAAGAAAAUUAAUUUCCUCCUGGUGUCUAUUUCAGAACCAAUAUUUGUGAUUUGAUUAGAAGCAUGCCAUGUAUAAGCUCUUGUUGUUCUAUUUGAAUGUACAGUAUUAACGAUUUGACAGGACAUGCUACUUCAAGAAGAUACAGAAUUCUUUGCUACAUAAAUCAUAUUCUCCCUUUAAGUAUCAAAUGGUACUUUUUAAAGAUGAAUAUAAGUUAUUUUUCUUUCGUGCAUUAUAAGAUUGUAGAUUGCAGAUUUGUGUGUCUCAAAAUUUAUAAAGUCAAAUUCAAUCAACUGUAAUUUAUGAAGGAUAAUUAAGGAGAGGACACUGGAGUUUAUGUUUGUUUUCUAGUCUUAUGGUGCUUUGAAAUGGGUAACUUUAAGAUUAUGUAACUUUUCCAAAUAAAUACAUCUAGUUUACCUUAUACUUACUUGUUCAUGACAAUGUUUACAACACUAUUUUUUCAUGAUGUGGGGUUUCAGUGCUUGUGUUGGAGCUCAUAAUGACUUUUGUGGUCAUUUUUCAUCAUAUUUUUGUUUUCGUCAUUUUGUCAUCUCUGUCAGGUGCAUUGACGACAACAUAACACAGUCUUUCUAUUUGUGAUGGAUGUUAGAGAAAGUGUUUCGUGUCACAGGAGUACAGAUGACAGCGUUGUUUUGUGCGUUGAUAUCAGAAAAGAAAUCAAUGUGCAACAAAGCAGUUUAUAAGUAGGAUUGUUUGAGGCGAUUGUUUGACAUAUUUGACAGGAUCUUUUAACAUUUUAGAUUUUCUCGGUUUGUUUUCUGCUUAUCUUAACUGGUGGAAUGAACCGUCUUGGGACAAAGCACAGACCGCUGAUGUCUAGCAAAUAAAAGUAGAGAAGACGGAGUCAAAACACAUCGCACUGUUAGGGAUUCCUCACAUAGAACACAAAAUUAAUUUAUUGUUUGAAUAGAAUUUUCAGUUUUGACUACAUUUUUUUUUAUAGUAACCGAGAAGUGAGUUGCAUAUUAUUAUCCAGUAGCUGUAGUGCCCUUAGUUUUGAUUUAGUCAUGGUUAUAAGUAUUUCUAAAAUCAGAUUUUUUUGUUUGUGAAAAGAGAGUUUGCAGUGUGUGUGUUUGUUGUCCUUUUGAUUUCACUUAUGCAGAAAAACUUUGUCGUUUGUGACUAUUACUAUAAUCUUAUAUGUUGCUUUUUGUUUCUGGCUAAUUUUGUCCUUAAUUAUUUUAGAGUCAUCACUAUUGUAUCUUUUUAAGAAGUCUUUAUUGGACUGUAUUUAUUUAUGACUCGAGGAUUCUUUAGUUAUGCUCUGUUGGCUCAGGUUUUCUCCGAUGGUAAGAGACUUUUAUACUCAGCAUUACAAAUUGUUAACUAAAGUUUAGUUUCUGUGCAUUUUUAAUCAUUAACAAUAUCAGUGCAGAAGGCGCUUUGAUAUUUUUAUGAAAAUAGAAUUUAUCGUAUGAUAUUGGAAAUAACACUCUGUGCUGGGCCCACUCUAGUGUGUUUCAACAUAGUGUAAUUAAAUCCUUAACAUACUCAACACUGGAUUUGUGGCUCUGUCAGUUCUACAAUGCAGAUAAUCAAGUUCCUGGGGCGGGGGGGUUGUUAAUGUGAGCCAAUAAUGUUAACCAAUACUUUUUUUUUACUUUAUGUCUUUUUUCAAUGAAUAUUUUGAGACUUUUUCAUGGUACUCUCAUCGGAGACUUUUAUGUGUUUGCAAUACUUACAUUGUUUUUUUGUCUGUGUUAUUAAUAAACAGUGUCAUAGUAGCUAAGAUGAA